UACAUAAAUAUGUAUUAGUACACAUAUAUUUGCAGUGCUUGUUCACAUCUUUAGAGAGUAACUAUAUACGAAGAACAGGCAUGAUGAUACUGUGAAUGUCAAUUUUGGCGGAAGUUUAAGGGAUCGGGAAAAUUAAGAACAAAAGAUUAAUGUUAAACACCAGUAUUAACUAUGGAUGAGAGAAACAAACCGAAGACUUCAGUGGAAAUCGAACAACCCAAAAUAGAAUGCUUGAAGGAGCGUGCCCAAUGGUCAAGCCAGCUUGAUUUUCUGCUCGCCUGUAUCGGUAAUGCAGUUGGUUUGGGCAACAUUUGGAGAUUCCCAUAUCUUUGCUACAAAAAUGGAGGAGGAGCAUUUUUGAUACCAUACUUAAUCAUGCUGUUCUGUGGAGCACUGCCAGUAAUGUUACUAGAAAUCGGUUUGGGUCAAUACAUGUCCAGAGGAGGCCUGAAGUCCUGGAUUAUCUGCCCUUUGUUUCAAGGUAUCGGAAUUGCUACAUUUCUGAUGUGUUUUCUGUCCAUUACGUACUACAUAGUGAUUCUGGCCUGGGGUCUAUACUACAUGUAUGCCAGUGUGGCGAUGGAGAUACCGUGGGGUUCCUGUUUCAAUACCUGGAACACAUACAGAUGUGCAUCGUCAAAUGAAGAAUUACAGAAACGACUCUGUACAUCUGAAGGUAAAUACAGUUCUUCAAUCAGCAAUGGGCAAACAUUGGAAAACAUGAGCUUGAUAAAUGUAACUCUGCACAACAGCCUGAUUAACACAACCGACACAAACUGUUCCAUGAGUAAUGUCACUGCUGUAGACCCGGCCGUCGAGUUCUGGGAAAACCAUGUGAUCCAAAUCUCGGAUUCCAUAGAAGAUGGUGGGGGUAUUGUGCCUCAAUUGGCUGUCUGUCUGUUGGUGAUGUGGAUACUUGUCUAUUUCUGUGUAUGGAGGGGUGUCAAAUGGAGCGGAAAGGUGGUUUACUUCACGGUUACAUUCCCUUACGUCAUCCUGCUCAUACUGUUGGUCCGUGGUGCGACUCUACCUGGAGCCGGAAACGGAAUCAAGUAUUUCCUGUCUCCCGAUUUUAGCCGUUUACAGGACGCUCAGGUGUGGAUUGACGGAGGGACACAGGUGUUCUUUUCGGCGGCUAUCGCCAUUGGAGCCAUGAUAAGUCUGGGAAGCUACAACGAUUUUCAUACAGAUUUUUACAAGCAUACCAUGAUUGUAGCGGGUAUCAAUAGUGGUACCAGUUUCCUCAGUGGUUUUGCGGUGUUUUCUGUUCUUGGGUUUAUGGCACAUGAACAAAAUGUGGACAUAGACCAAGUCGCCGAAUCAGGUCCUGGUUUAGUAUUCAUCGUGUACCCCAAGGCAGUCACCAUGAUGCCUCUUCCUCAACUUUGGGCCAUCCUAUUCUUUUUGAUGCUGUUUUUAAUUGGAAUUGACAGUGGGUUUGUGAUGGUAGAAUCUGUGGUAGCACAUAUAAGCGACAUGUUUCCACGACAGCUGUAUAAGACUAAAGGAAGAAUGAUUCUGACAGCAGUUUUGUGUUUUUUAUGGUACACAAUGGGACUUUCGAUGGUGUCCAGGGGAGGAAUGUACGUCUUCCAGCUAUACGACUACUAUUCAGCUAGUGGCGUGGUCCUACUCUGGGUAUGCUUCUGGGAAAGCAUUGUAAUUGGAUGGAUAUUUGGUUCAGAAAAGUUUAACGACGCCAUAGAGGUAAUGAUAGGAUACAGAAUCAACAAAUGGUUCCAUAUAUGUUGGAAGUACCUCACACCUCUUGUAUGCACAGGUAUUUUUGCGUUUCAAUUGAUUGGAUUUAAACCCUUGAAAUACAAUAAUGAGUACGAGUACCCUCCUUGGGCCCAAGGAUUCGGACUGAUGCUGGCCCUGGUGUCCAUGUGCUGUAUACCUUUCUACGUGGUGGGCAAACUUUUAUCACUCAAAGGUCCAAUCAAAGAGAGAAUUAAGAAAGCGAUUGUACCAAAACUAACAAAAGAUCAAAUUUCUAAGAAGUCGAGGAACAAAGAUGGUGCCUUAUUGCUACAGCAAAUCGAGACUUAACCAAUAUCGAUAUAAAUCAUAGUAUACAUAAUAUCUUUUGAGUACUGUGGAAUCAUCAUAAUUCUUCUUAGCCAAGUGCUAGUGGAUUUGGUGGUUUCCGCUUCAAAUUUAAAUCAACUGGAAUUUGGUAUUGGCAUCAAUGUACUAGAAUAUAUUUCUAAGAAUAAAAUCAUAUAUGUAUCAUCACCGAUUUCGUAAAAAUGAUUGCAACACGGAACAUUUCAAAUUUAGUAUUAUGAUUUUUAAUUUCAAGUACAGUUGACAAUUUUCAGUGAUUUUGUCUUACUAGAAAGGUAUUGUUUGAUAUUAAUAUAAUUAAUAUAUUGACGUAUUGAUUGAGAAAAAAUCCUACUGACCCUUGUUUAUGUUGGUAAAUUACAUGUAUAACUGUUUCUUAGAGGUAACGCAAUUUAAAUAAUAACAAUUAAAAAUGGAACUCCUCUGAUAUUACCCGAGUUCUUUCUCUCUAAUUAUAAGUUUCACUUGUUGAUAACAGUAUACAUGUAUCAACAAUAAAUAUUGGUUAUAAUCCUUU